AUGCUUCUGGGAGAGGAGGUUCCGGCGACCACGGCCAGUGAAGAAUAUGUGGCGGCCCUCAAAGGUGAGUUCCAUGCAACCCUGGCACGCGCCCUGGACAAGACAUCAGCGGAGAAGGCCGAAGUGGCAGAGCUCAAAGAAGCAGUCCGGUGGCUUGAGGCAGCUGCCAGGUGCUGGGAGGUGGAGAAGGCCGAGCUGCAACAAGAACUCGCCAUCGCAGCAGCUGCUUCUCAGACUCCAAAUUCGACCUUGGUGCAGCUACUUUGCCGGGAGGCCCUCCAAAGAGCCCGGGGAGGAAGGCUCUGCAGUGCGCGUGGCCUCCGAGCAGCAAGCUGA